GCCAUCGGUCUGCUUGCCAUCGGUCUGCUUGCCAUCGGUCUGCUUGUCUAUCAACCUGUUUAGCGGCCCGCCACCAUGUCUGCCCCCACCAUCUACGUCGGCCCGUCCAACGCCGCCAUCUCAGAUGCCCUGAACGACUUUGUCCAAGGCCUUUCUGCCCAGGCUAUCGCCCGAUCCGGCCGCUUCACCGUUGCGCUCUCGGGUGGCUCGCUGCCCUCGAUCCUGUCGCAGACCCUCAAGCACAACAAGAGCAUCGACUUUUCCAAGUGGCACGUCUUCUUUGCCGACGAGCGCUGCGUUCCCUUGGACCACGCCGACUCCAACUUCCUGCUCGCCAAGCAGACCCUGCUCGACUUUGUGCCCAUCCCCGCCAGCCAAGUCUACAGCAUCGACCCCGAGCUGGCUACCCACCACAUUAAGGCCGCGCAGGCAUACGACCAGGUCUUGCGGCAGGUCUUUGGCACGGCCGAUGAGUUCCCUGUCUUUGACCUGAUCCUGCUGGGCAUGGGACCCGACGGCCACACGGCCUCGUUGUUCCCCGGCCAUGCGCUGCUCAGCGACCACCAGUCCUGGGUCGCCUCGCUCGCCGACUCGCCCAAGCCGCCUCCGGCCCGCAUCACCCUGACCUUCCCCGUCAUCAACCGAGCCCAGACGGUUGCCUUUGUGGCCACAGGUGGCUCCAAGGCCGACAUUCUGCACGAGAUCUUUGACCUCAACGUGCCCUAUCCCUCUGGUCUGGUCCGCCCUGUUUCCGGCAACCUCGUUUGGUUCAUUGAUGAGGCUGCCGCUGCCAAGCUCGCCGCUCCCACAGCAUCCUACAAGCUGUAAUUCAUGCACCUGCCGCCGACCGAACCAGCCAGCCAGUCCAAGGGUGGCGGUGGAACACCAUCGUCUCGCAUGUCUGGAGAAACACGGUCGAAUCCAUGCACUUUACCCCAAUUGUGCCCGACCGACAACAACCCCACUCGAGCAGCAAUGAGGACUGGGGCCGGCGUGAGUUUGUCUAUGUUACAGGUGCUCCAGCCACACAUGAUCUAUUGAAAGUAUCGCUUACUAUACAUGGCAACACAAACAAACA